GCACGGAGGGGGUCGGGAUGAGGAUGCGGUGAAGGGUGUCCACGUUGCCCAGCACCUUCUCCCCAGAGUUGCACUCGAUCUCCUCCGGGAACGGGUCCCACACCUCUUCUUACGGAUACGGACAAGAGGAACCAGAGGGCGGAGCCGGAGGUGGUGCUGCCGGCGGGAAGCCUCAGACCUUCUCGGAUCAUGCUGUGCCUGUGCUUUCGUAAGCCCAUGCGGCCCAAGUGUAGGCCCAACGAGACGGCCCGUUUAACUGCCAAACCCAAGCUAACGGAAUCCGAGGAGGAGCAGGGCCACGUGUACUCAGCUCUCCUUUGUAUCCGCCUCGCCUCGUCUUCACUUCCCGCCCGGCCGAGGCGAACACUCUCGCCGCACCAAUGGCAGCGUGACCUUGCAGGCGAGAGCGGCGAAGCGUACCGAGAAGGCUUCUCGAACCUCCCGCCGAUGCAAGGCGCAGCAGAGAGCUACGGACUCGCCGCGAUGGACUUCGAGUACGUUCCUGCGUCCCCCGGGAGCCAGUGGGUGGGCGAGUCGGCGGCGCGGCGGCGGCAGCGCCGCCUCUCGUCACCGUCGCUGAGAGCCUACCUCACGCCGGCCUUCGACGCCGUGGCCGCCGGGGAUGGCGGCGUGUCUGGGUACACUUCGUCGUUGUCCUCGGGCGGGCUGGACCUCGGGUUUGACGCCUCCCUCCUCCGCUACCGCCGCGCCUGCUUCGCCGCGUCCACGGACCUGGACAGCCGCCUCCUCCUCUACUCCCCGCAGUCGGCGCCACCGCAGCCGCCGCCGCAGGUGAGGGCGGCGUACCCAGCGGCCGACGAUGGGGUUUGGGUCGCCGGCGGUGGCCGCUACAGCUCCAAACGUGAGGCCGGUGGGCUUAUUAGUACACCAGGUUUUCAGGAUUUCAUCUCGCCAUGGCAGACAAUCACCGAUCUUCCUACUGCAGCACGAGGCGCGUCCAACUCCAUCAAACUACCAGCUGACCUCCGAUCACAAGAAGGUAUCAUCCUAGCAGCCAAGGCAGAGCUUUCGACACCAAAGUCUGAAGCAACACCUUCAGCCCAGGGGACAUCUGCAGAGCCAGAACCAAUCGAGUUGGACGAUGACCGCAUAACUGAAGCUCUUUAUGGUCACAGUGGUAAACGCAGGCUGCCCAUUUUCAGGGAUAUCUGUCCGGAAUGAGUACACGUUCUGUAUAUUCUGUGUAGCUAUCUUGUGUUCAUAGGCCUCGUAUGUAGCAGUUACUCGGAAGUCUGGACCAUUAUUUCUAGUUUCCCAGGAGAGAAUCUCUCCUCUUGAUCUCUUCUUUAAGCGAGGAAAUUAUGCUAUACUUAAGUUAGCCGGCAAUUGAUCCGUUUUGCUUGCCGUUGUUUGAAGGUGAACCCUGGUAUGAAUUGGCGAAUGAAUUUGCCUACUUCUCCCCCCUGUUUAUGUACACCUUUGAUUAGUGAAAGCUUGGUAUCUCUGCUCUAGGAAGCAUUCCAUGAUAAAAUAGCCGUUUAUGUCAUGAUUCUGACAUUUCAUCAGCAUGCCUGCAGACUGCUGCUGUUUGUAGUUAUACAAAUUGGAUGAGUACAUGCAAUCAUUUUUUUUUACUUGAAUA